CCGGGUGCCUCCGGGUGUGAGAGGCGAAGGUUGUGGGUUCGGCUCGACCCCGGCGCAGCACGGGACGGCUUGACUCAGGAGCGGCCAGGGCCACGCCGGGGAGGUGCCUCCCCUCCACACCCGGCUUCCACCGUGAAGGCGAGAUGGAGGUUGGUACUUGCAAACAGGACAUGCUCCAGAAGAAGAAUGCUGUUCUGGUGGAUGGGAUCAUCUUAAAUGGCCCAAUAAUGGACUCAAAGGCAGGAGAGAAGUUUGUGGAAGAGGCCUGUAAGAUUAUAAUGGAAGAAAUAAUCCAGAAAGCUGAUGAUGUAACAGAAAAGGUGUGCGAAUGGCAAGCCCCUGAAGCACUGAAGCAGAUUCUUGACCUGGAAAUCAGAGAUGCAGGAGAAUCUCAUCAGAAGCUCUUGCAGCUCUGCCGGGAUGUUAUACAAUACAGUGUCAAAACCAGUCACCCGAGGUUUUUUAAUCAGCUGUAUGCUGGAAUAGAUUAUUACUCGUUAGUGGCUCGUUUUAUUACAGAAGCAUUAAACCCAAGCGUAUACACCUAUGAAGUAUCUCCUGUGUUUCUGUUGGUGGAAGAAGCAGUCAUCAAGAAAAUGAUUGAGUUCAUAGGCUGGGAAGAAGGUGAUGGCAUAUUUAAUCCAGGUGGCUCUGUUUCUAAUAUGUAUGCUAUGAACUUGGCAAGAUACAAAUUUUUUCCGGAGAUCAAGGAGAAAGGGCUUUCAGGCUUGCCAAGGCUAGUCCUGUUCACUUCAGAAGAGUGUCAUUACUCCAUGAAAAAGGCAGCCUCCUUCCUGGGUAUUGGUACAGAGAAUGUUUACUUCAUCAAAACAGAUGACAGAGGUAAGAUGAUACCUGAGGAACUGGAGAAACAAGUCCAGCGGGCCAGGAAAGAGGGGUCUGCACCAUUUCUAGUCUGUGCUACGGCAGGCACAACAGUGCUGGGAGCGUUUGAUCCUCUGGAUAAAAUUGCCAAUAUCUGUGAAAAGCAUGGCCUCUGGCUUCAUGUUGACGCUUCUUGGGGUGGCUCAGCUUUGAUAUCAAGAAAGCAUCGCAGGCUUCUUCAUGGCAUCCACAGGGCUGAUUCUGUCGCCUGGAAUCCCCAUAAAAUGCUGCUGGCAGGAAUCCAGUGCUGUGCUCUUCUGGUGAAAGACAAUUCUGGCCUUCUGAAGAAGUGUUACUCUGCCAAGGCUGCAUACCUAUUCCAGCAGGACAAGUUCUACGAUGUCAGCUAUGACACUGGCGACAAGUCCAUUCAGUGCAGCAGGCGUCCAGAUGCAUUCAAAUUCUGGCUCAUGUGGAAAGCCCUGGGAACCACGGGCCUCGAGGAAAGAGUAAACAGGGCACUGGCUUUGGCUAGAUACUUAGUGGAGGAAAUUAAGAAAAGAGAGGGAUUCCAGCUUCUUUUGGAGCCAGAGUAUGCAAAUGUUUGCUUCUGGUACAUUCCACCAAGCUUAAGAAAAAUGGAGGAUGGACCUGAAUUUUGGCAGAAGCUACACCAGGUUGCUCCUAUAAUUAAAGAAAGAAUGAUGAAGAAAGGCAGCAUGAUGCUUGGGUACCAACCUCACCAGGGCAAAGUCAACUUCUUCCGCCAAGUGGUGAUCAGCCCCCAUGUUAGUCGAGAGGACAUGGACUUCUUGCUGGAUGAAAUUGAGCUUCUUGCUAAGGAUUUGUAGCUGCAGCUCCACAGCACCAGCCACUGCUAUCUGUUAUGUAUGGAAGGAGAAUGGCAGCAGUAUUCUGGUGCUAUUUUGUGAAAGGUAGUAAAAAGCUCGACAUGUAUGUUGGAAACUCAUUUUAGGUGAUGUGGAGAGCUUUUCGGGUAGAACACUCCUUCACAGGAAAGUUUUUGCUGAUGGGGGUUUUGACAGUGCUUGCAGCACCACUGCCAUUGUGGGAAGUGUUUCCUCAGGAAGGGAGCACUUCUGAAAACGGCGUCUAUGUCCCAGGGAGGGUAGCUGUUUUUGAGGUGCCUGUGCACCGUUUGGCUCUAACUAGUCAUUUAUACAUGCAGGCAAUACUCCUCUGAUGUUGCUGUUAGAAGUGGACUUAUAUGCUAAUUAAUACUCUGUCUACUCAGUUAAUGUUGUAGUUUGGUGUGUAUUUAAGGAUAGAGGCCUGCUUGGUAAUUACACUGAUAAGCCUGGAACGAGUUCUUCAAGGCCCCUAACUAGGGGCUAUGAGCACAGGCAGAGUGGAAUGGGACUUGGUGAGGCUGUGUCACCAUCUUGCGGGGUUUGCAGGAUCCCCUGCACAAAGUCCCGAGCAACCAAUAUUGACUUUGUUUUGAACAGACUGAACUAGAGGACCUAUUAACAUCCCUUCUAACCUACAGGAUUUUGUGAUUCUAUAAAGUACAAUCAUUGGGCCCUGUCCGUGUUUGCCAAUGUUGCCUAUCUGAAAUAUCACCACCACUUCAGCAGCACUGAACAUAUUGGAAUAGCACUUAGAACUUUUUAAUUCUCUGUUAACAGGAGUUACCUACAAUAUCUGAAUGGCUGUUCACCUUCCUCUGUUGUCAAAGUGAUUAAAAUUUAUUUAGCAGCUUUUAGAUGCACUUUAAAAUUAUAACAGAAGAAAAAAAAAGAUAUCUAUUUAGCUGAAA